CAAUGUAAAUUUGCACAGCUUUGAAGACAAGUUUUAACUGAAAGCCUUUGAUAAAAACGUUAAAGAUAAGGACAAAUAUUAAUAAUAAUACCCAAAGAACUUGAGCUGCCAGACUGAGUUUUAGAGUGCCAGCUGCGACAGUGUGACCAGCCACAUUCGAUUGCAUUUUAACCAAACGUUAUCGGCGGUGGUGAGGGAUUUGUCGUACGGGUCUUACUGUUGAAAACCUCAUUUUCUGUAUUAUUAUUAUUAUUAUCUCGUAUCGGCGGUUUAAACAAAUGUGAAAAGCAUCGCGAAAAGCACCCACAACUGCAGCGCCGCCCCCCGCAGAUCGUCCGCCGUUCCCAGCCGCAAAAUCCGGAACAGCGGCCAAGAGAAGCCGAGCCAGUGGAGAAGGAAGUCAACAGAGGAGGAAAAAAAAGAAUAUCCAAGAAAAACAGCAACAACAAUCGCCAUGGCCAGCAGAACUGAAAAUGUACACUUGACAUAAACUGUGAUUAUGAGUUCCACAAAAUCUCAAGUAGCCCUAGCUACGAAUAUUCCAACCAAUUUAUCCUCUGCCGCUUCUGCCUCAACAGCGGCCGCUGCGGCCGCCGUUGUAGUUGUUGCCAGUGCCAACGCCGCCGUUGCCUCAAACACUAACUCAUCCUCCGGAUUGGGAGCGGGUGUGGGACUUGGAGGAGGAGGAGUAGUAGGAGGAGUCACUGUUGCUGCCAGCGGACCUGCUGCAGUCACAGGAUCAGCAUCUUCCUCUGUCCCAACGGGAUCAGCAACGGGAACAACAACUGUUGUUGGAACUGUUGUCCCAACAGCAGCAGCAGCAGCCGCAACAUCCUCUGUUGUUGUUGCCACCGCCACCACCACUGUUGCAGCACCCUGUGUUGCUGCAGUAACCACAAGCAACUGCAACAGCAACAGCAGCAGCAGCAACAGUAAUAGUAACAACAACUGCAGCGAGGAGUUCCAGACAGUGCCAGGAUCCGGAAACGGAGGAGCUGCCAAUUUGGGACGCCAGAAUAGCUUCGGCAACAGACGGGGCAACAUGAAGGGCAAACAUCUCACACGCAGCCAUGCGAUGCGUGAGUCGACAUCGCCACCGCGCACGCCAACGCCGCGCGCCGCCUCCGAGCAGCUCCAGGGGGAAGCCCAUGAAAACAACAACAAUAAUAAUAACAACAACAACAACAAUAAUGCCAUAAUCAGCAAUAACAAUAACAACAACAGCAAAGCACAAUCAACUGGAAGGGGCAACUCGCCGUUGAUGGAGUCGCCACCUGCGGUGAUUGUCACUAGUCAGCAGCAGCAGCAGCAGCAGCAGCAACAGCAACAGCAACAGUCGCCACCGAAGCCGCAACAGAAUGUGCCGCUCAGCAAUGAGGCAGAGUUCCCAAAGCUAUCGCCACCAAAGAAAUCCGGCGGACAGCACAAUCGCACCAAUAGCAAUGGCAGCGGCAUGGAGUAUAAUAACAACACCGGCGGCAAGAAGUUCGUGGUGGAUCUGAAGGCCAAUGGCCUGGACAACCAGAAGCAUCAGAAUAACUCCAAUAACAGCAACAGCAGCAACUCUUCCACGGGUGUCAUAUACAACUCCGGAAUGAACUACAAGGCGGCGGAUCGACAUGAUCGACAUGAGCGUCACGAGAUGUCCAGCCAGAACAGCAAUCUGAGCAAUAACCACGACGAGGAGCCGUAUCACUACGAGCCCAGGGGAGCUGGCGGAGGCGGUGGCAACAAGAAGCAUCGAACCAACAACACCAACGCCAAGGGUAACAAGCCGCGCUUGAAGAAUCUUGGUGGCAGCUCAUCCGGUAGCAUUGAUGGGGGCAACAACGGAGGUGGAGGAGGAGGAGGAGGAGGCGGCGGCAAUGGCAACGUGUCCAACAACGGCAACUCCAACAAUUCGAGCAGCAACAACACCUCGGGCUUUAUAUCGCGCGUCUUUCAUCAAUCAGAGAACUCGAGCGAACAGUACACGGACUACGGUGGCACCGAUCUCCUAAUGUUCUUUCGCGACACUCUCAACAAGAAUCUCAAGGAUCGCAAUAUUCUGCUCAAAAUCGAGAAGGAUCUGAUGGAGUUCGUUCAGGAGAAUAGUCGCGGCUGUGAGUAUCGUUUUCCGCCCGCUUCCUCGUACAAUCGGAUGUUGAUCCAUCGCACCGCCGCCUUCUUCGGCAUGGAGCAUAAUGUGGACACCGAGACGCAGCAGUGUGUGAUUGUGGCCGUCACCAAGGGCACGCGCAUACCAGAGAUACGCUUCCAGUCGCUGGUGCGCGACGAUGCACGCAAAUCGAUUCUGAAGCGGGACACGCACAGCUUCGACGAGGUGCGUCAGUCACCUUACCUGUGUCCCCUCUCCCUGGAUCGCAAGGCCAAAAGCUUCGAGGAGCGCGAGGAGGACUAUGAUCGGGCGCGCAGUCGUAUCUUUAGUCGAACUGGUGGACCUCAGGAUGGUUAUUCCGGAGGCGGUGGCGACGAGGAGUGCUACGGAGGCUGGGAGCAGCAGCAGCAGCAACAGCAGAAGCAAUCUCAGCAGCCGCCCAGGCCAAAGAGGCCCAAUGGAAAGAUGCUGCAGAUGCAGAAUUCCACGGAAUCACGCGAUGGAUCGAUGCGUUCGGGCGGCGGAGCCGUGCCCAAGUCCCACAACUUUGGCAACUAUGGUGGACCGCCCAGUUCCGGUGGUCCUGGUAACAAUUCCCUGCCGCGCGGUGAUUCCACAAACUCCAACAAAAGCGGACGCGGCUUCGUCAAGCAGGACUCCACUGGCAGCACCUCCACACCAUGGCGGCUGUCACCUUCCAGCAGUGGCUACAAGACUCGCACCCAAUCCGUGCGCUCCGACUCCGUCACGCCCUCGCCCACGGGCUACGGCAGCGACAGGCAGACGCCGGAGCUGAACCAUCCGCCUCCGCCUCCGCCCAGUCACAGCCAUGGCCAUAGCAGUCACAGUCAGAGUCACAGUCAUGGGCAUGGCCAUGGGCAUGGGCACAACCACAGCCGGGUGUCCGUGGUUGGAGCACCGGCGGGCACAGCCGACUCAACAACGCCGCCCCUGGGAAUAGUGGGAGCCGCGUCCUCCGGGUCGGCAUCGGCAUCGUCGUCGUCGUCGUCCAACUCCUCGGGGACAUCGGGACUCGUCUGGGCCGUCACAGACAUUUCGAAUGUGCCAAUUGGCAGCCUCCUCAUUGAUCCGCAAACCCUCCAACCAAUUGUCAAUGCAGACGGUUCCAUCUACCACUACGACCCGUCCAACCUACCGCCCAACCAGGCGCUUCAGCACACUGGAGGCAAUCAAUACCAGUCGCAGGGCAACCAGGGCAACUCCUCCUCCGGUGGCUACAGCAACUAUCGCAAAUCGUCGCCGCAUUUGCAGCAGCAACAGUUGCAACAGCAGCAACAGCAGCAGCAUCAGCAACAGUUGCAGCAACAGCAACAGCAACAGCAGGUGCCACCCCAGCAGCAGCAGCAACAGUAUGUCACCACUGAGCUCUCCUGUAGUUCCACCGAAAGCUACGCGGAAGAGACCCAAUCGCCAGGCAUGGAGUGCUCCGAGGGAUACGAGAGCUACGAACAGCAGCCGCAACAGCAGCAGCAGCAGCAGGAUGGAGGCAGCGUCAAGGGCGACGAUUGUGAUAGCUUGGCCAGUGCCACGGCCUGCCUGAGCAUUACCACUUCCACCUCCACGAAGAACUAUGAUCGCAUCGAGGUGCAAAAAUACAAGAACCAGGCCACCAGUCCCAAUAUACCUGCAUGCUGUGGAUUGAGUGACAAGCCGCUGGAGAUGGAUGCAAAUGCCGGAGCUCAGCAGGAGCCACAGGAGCCGGAGCCACUGGCCGGACCCUCCUCUUCCACCUCAUCUGUGGGCACUACCGCCGAAUUGCUGCCGGCCAGCCAGACGCCUUUGCCACUGCAGCCUCUAGUGGCUGCCGCCACGCAGGUGAACUGCGACCUCCAGUCUGUCUCGCCCAGCUCCACGCCCUACAGCCAGUGUGAGGUCAAGACACCCAGCCAGAGCCACGGACCUAGUGUGGCCGUCGUCGAGGAGCCAAAGACCACCACCUGGACGUAUACGCAGAGCUAUCAGGCGCCGGACGGAUCCACCGUCUUUCACACCACCACAACGCCCAACGGGGCGGCGCCCUACUGCGCCACCACAUAUCAGCAGGGGCCCGAUGGCAGCAUCUACGCGGUGCCGCAGGGCAUGGUGUAUGCCGCGUAUCCACAGCCCGGCGUGCCAAGUGCCGGCGGCGCCUCACAGCCGCUCUUCCAGCUGACGACCAGCAGCCAUCCGCCCGCUCAGACGUUGUUUGCCUCACCCGAGGCCGGCGGCGAGCUGGCCGGUGGCACCUACAUGAUACCUGUCUUCGAUCCGGCCCAGCAGCCGCGUGAGGGUCUUAUCCCGGCGCAGGCCAUCUAUCAGGCGGGACCGGGAGGACCAGCGACGGCGACCACAGUGAUGCCGAUGGCAGCAGCGGCCGCCUAUCCAACGGCCCAGUUCGCGACUGCAGCGGCACCCAAUGGCGGGCCCAUCUACCAGGCGCCACUCAUCUACUCCAGCGAACCCGGCGCCGGGGGUGCCCAGCUCCAGCAGCUGCCCAUGGCCCCGUAUCCGAUCCAAUACUCGUAUCCGUAUUACCACCCCAUCUCGUACUAUGUGCCCCAGCAGGCGGUAGCUGCCGCGCCCAUGGUGGCAGCCACCCAGCCACCGGUGCAGCAGCAGGUGCAGCACACGCACCCGCCGGGAGCUGGGACAGCAGCUGGUCCCCCAGCGGUGGUGUCAGCCCAACAGCAUCACCAGCCGCAUCAGCAGCACCACAAUCACCAGCAUCAGCAGCAGCAGCAACAGACGAGCAAUGGCGGUGCGGUGGUGAGCUCCUCCAGCGGCUACGGAGGACGUGUAAAGCGUACGCCUGGCGGCGGAUCCAUUCACUACAAUCCCAGCGGCUACCAACCCAGUUCGGUGGGCCACCAUGCCGGCGGCGGUAGUGCUGGUGGCCAUCAUGCGGCGGCCGGUUCCGCCCAGCUGAUUGCUGCUCCAGCGGCCAGCACAACCACAUAUCAUGCGCUGCCCACGCUGACACUGGCCCAUGGCGGCGGAGCGCCUGGCACGGAUCUCAGUGGUGCGGCGGGAGCGGCACAUUUGUACGCGCUGCCCGCCCAACACGCCACCGCGUUGAUCCCAACGAAUAUCUUCCCCUACGCGGCGGCAGCGGCGGCUGCAGCAGCAGCAGCGGCGGGCGGUCCAGGCGGUGGUCCUCCCUCAGCUCCCCAGGUGGUUCAGCAGGCGCCACCACCACCACAGGCCGGGCCACAUCAUGCACUGAUCACGGCGGCUCCCUUCUAUCCAGCGGCCAGUGGGAGUGCCAUGGAUCAGGUGGCCUCCCAAUCGGCGCCCAGCACGCCAGCGGCUCCAGGAAGACAGGCGCCGUUGUUCAGCACUCCGCCGGCACAUCCCGGCAACAAUGGGAACAGCAGUGGCAGCAGCAGCAGUGCCGGAGGAGGCGGCGGUGGUGGCUACCACAGCAACAGCUCAACGCCGCACUACUACCAGAGCCAGAGCAGCAACGAGGGAGGCGGCGGCGGCUACUCACCCUACGAGAAGCGCAAUAAUGGCGGCGGUGGCGGAGCGUCUGGAGCACAAACUGUGGGAGGAGUGCGCAAGCCUUAUCAUCCCGGCGGCUACAAUCCUAGACACCACUCGGUUCCACUGGGUGGCAUGCCCUCCGGGGCCAAGACGCCGCUUCUCAACUCCAACAACGAGCCAACGCCGCGUGCCUCGCCGAGCAGCGUGAGCCUGGGUGGAGGAGGAGGAGGUGGUGGUGCCGCCUCCUCGUCUUCCGGUGGAGCCACCAGCGGCAGCACUACCACCACCUAUCACCAUCGCGGGCCACCGCCACCCCAUUCGAUGGGAGGCAAGCGGGAGAACAAGCCCAACCAGCUGCCGCUCAUCAGUGGCCCACCGCCGCCCAGCUAUGCGACGAGCUCGAAUCCCGGCGGCUAUGAGACCAAGCCACCCAUUCGUCUGAAUGCCGGAGCCGCCAGCUUCCGAAGCCAGAAGUCCAUGAGCCAGAACCAGGACUAUCGGCGCAGCGUUUCCCAGCGCAACUCGCCCAGCGCCAAUGGCGGCAAUGGUGGCAGCCAUGAGAGCAGCAACAACUCGCCCAACAGUAUUGCUGGCAGCAACAGCAACAACAACAGUGCCGCCAACACGCCCAACGCUGCUCCACAGCCCCAACAACCGACCCUGGUCACCAGUCACUCCGGCGGCUAUGUGGUCCUGGACCAGGCCACCGGAGCUGCCAUGAAUGCUGCCUCACCGCCUACCAUUUACCUGGGCAGCGCCGGCGGUGGCGGAGCAACCGGUGGUGCUGCUGGGCCAGCGGCUGGCUCGAAUGGCGGACCGCAACCAGGUGGCGGCGGCGGCGCCCGCUCGCACAUUCCCACAGCCCAGCUGCAUCAUAGUGCCGCUGCUGCAGCCGCUGCGGCGGCCGCUGGCAGCCAGCAGGCCACGGCGGCGGUGCUGAGCGGCGUGGCCGCUGCGGCCGCCCUUGGUGGCUACAAUCCAAAUGGGGCGUCCGCCGGCGUAUACUUCAAGUACGGCCAGACGUACUUUGCGCAUCCCUCGGUAGCCUUGCCCAACAGUCGACGGUCGCCGUCGAAUGAUAUCCGGCCGCAAAUGGCGCAGGUGGCCGGAAUGUAUCCCACUAUGAUGAUACAAGCGCGUCAUCCCAGUCGCCAUCCGAACCCGAACUACAAAGGUUCGCGUCCGCGGUAAAGCCAGCCGGAAAAAUCCAAUAUAUAGGAAACCCAAAAGCAAAACAAAAACUACAUAAACAUAACGGCAUACCUAAGAUAAAUAUAAAAAUAGCAACCUAAUCUAGUGGAACAUAAAGUAGAUGACAACCAUAAUACUAGGAGAGCAAGUGGAGCGGAUGAAUGGAUGAACGGACAAACGGAUGGCCGGAGGCAAGGAGCAUAGGCCUCGUCGAGUGCUGGCCGCAGAGAGUUGUCGGGCAUUUUGGUAGCAGUAGCUGGAGGACAAGAGAGACAGUGGCACCAGAAACCAAAACCGAACUAUAAGGAGCCGGGGGAGCAAAGCCAGAGUGGGAAUGGGGGACCCGACAAAGCAUAGCAUAUAUGGCCUCUAUAGAGUUAAGUUACCAUUACUGAACCGCUACAGAAAGAGGGAACGAUCAGGAGGAAGGAUAAGGAAGAAAGGAGGAAAUGAAUUGAAUGCUGUAUAUUUUGUGCCAUUACAAAAAUAGUCUUUAAAUUAAAGAAACGAAGAACCGAUGAAGCCGAA